AACCGAUAUACGUAGAAAAAAGGAGCAGAUAAUAGUAGCUGUACAUGUAAAGGAGAAAAGCUACGCGAGAUACUAUUCGCGUAUCUCGUAUCUGUUUAUCCGACGAUUCGAGGUACAUGGUCGUAUUCGCUGGUAUACUACUACCAUACGUAAAAGAGUCGGCCAAAGGGAAUGGAAAACGGAGCACGUACUCGAGCUACACCACUGGUCAGCUGCGUGUAUCUAUUCGUCCAUCUCUUUCGAGCUUCGAAAGUGCUCUCUUACCGCGACCUUCCCUUUCCCCGCUGUCCAGGCGCUGGUAGCAGCCACCCCCGCGCGCACGUUUCGCCCUUCCUGGUCGCCUCUCUGUCGGGCCGAAAAGCAUCGCUUUGAAGCAGCGAGAGCGCGACUGGCACCCACACCGACUCUGCCCCCGCCCUCCCUUCCCACCCACUUGGCGUUGGUCGCCGGGCUUGCCACCCACCGAUAUACAUCCCGCUCGCUCCGCUCGCCGCGACGACCGCAGACACAAAAACAAUAACAAAUCGAUUCGCGAGGGCAAUGGGAAGGGGUCAACGAGAGGUAGGACGACGAAGAAGAGAGGCAGGGGGAGGGAGAUCGGGGUAGCUCUAUGGAAUAUGGGAUCUGGAGUUUUCACGCCGCGGGUGAACUUUGGGGUGACCCGCGUCUCGCCCGAAGGCACCCGAUUCUACCAUCAAGCGCCACACAGUUGCUGCCGAGGGCCGCGUUCGCCCUGAGCGGACUCCACCGACCGGACAUGGUGCCGUUACCGUUGACUUCCGCCGGGCCGCCGUACGGACCUAUGGAAUUAGUGACGAAAAGGGACGGUGAACGAGAUGCGGAGGAGAACGAGGAGAAGGAAGAGAAACAGGACGACGACGAAGCGAACAUCGAUCGAGCCGACGAAAACGAUAAUCAGACUACCGUACCGAAAGAAAAUGACGACAACGAAGACGCUGGGGACGAAAGCGACACCGGAAGUACGAACAGCUCGCAUCGUUCGGCCAACAAUAAUUUAUCCACGAAGCUGCUCGACCCCAUGUCCUAUCUGACUUUCGACAAGGAUGGAACGGUUACACCGGUUCUUAAUGGCUGGGUCCUCGGCGCUUAUACCGCCAUGCUUGGAAGACUUUCAGCAGCGACCGCGGCUCUCGAAGCUACGGAAAUCCCCAACAUUCCGUCUGACAGCGACUCCGAGAGCGAGCAUUCGUCUUACACCGAGAAAUCUCGAGGUAGCAGUCCGAACGUAAGCAACGCGCAUCGCGGUUAUUCCUGUGGUUCCUGUGACGUGGUCGCGCCAACGAGGCCAGCUCUGCGAAAGCAUAUCGUCGAUUGUCAUCCACCGGUACCCAGCGCAGAAACUGGAGAAACGAAAAGUUGUCCGUCCUCGGGCUGUGACUUCACCACGAACAGCAGAUGUGAGAUGGAGACUCAUGUAGCUGCACACGUGGCACAGGGUAUGACGCCCACAGGGAAGAAGCGUACUCUGGCUUUGCAACGCGUCAGGUAUAGAUAUGAAAGGGAGGAGUAUCGGUGCUCGUUAUGCUCGUACGCGUGCACCAUCGAGAAAGCGUUCCAGAGGCAUUUGAGGGCACACGCGAAAGGCACGGCGCCGGAAACGAGGGUGAGCUGCGCUGUGUGCGGCGCGGACAGAUCGUCGGAAGUAGAUCUGAGCAGACACAUGAGAAGGCAUCGCGACGACCGAUACUUUUGCUGCGACAUUUGCAUCUUUCGCACGGUACAGUUAAAAAAGCUCAUCCAACAUCGACGAAUGCACACGGGAGAGAAGCCACACCUUUGUCCACACUGCGCGUACCGAAGUGCACGCCGUGACAAUCUGCGUAGCCACGUUAGACGAGUGCACAAGAAGGAGAAUUUAUAUUGCGACACGUUCAGUCCACGCGGUAUGCUGUUGACACCCACUGUCAUCGGAAGGGACAGUCCUCUGGUGCAGAGCCCGGAAUCCUCGCCGUCGUCCAACUCGGAAUCCACGAACUAGCGAAGCAACACGCGCCAGGAAGCUUGAAGAGGAAGAUGGAAGUUGUGGCCGGGGAUCGAGCGGUUCGUCGUUGUUUUACACGUCCUAACUUUGUCAAUACUGCGACUUAUAGAUUUUAGAAUCGCGGAGGAGAUUUUACAUUGGCAACGAAGAUCGUGUCAUCGCUGUACGAGCUGCUUGGAAAAUCGACAUGUUUGAUCGUUUUGAAGAUGUAAAAUUAUUAGGAUCGAUAUUAUCUUAAAAGUAUAUAAAAGGAGAAUAGAUAGUCUUGGAAUGUAUGAUUUAACGAAAUUGGACGAUCGGCAAAGCGUGGAAUUAAUUUAGAUUUAUUUUUGAAAUUUAGUUAAAUUUAGGUGAAAGUGAACGAUAGAGGAAAUUGCGCGUACAAGGAGCUUUAAAUUGUCGGUAAUAUUUGCAACGCGAGAUUAUGGAUUUCAAGCGAGACUAGCGACGGUGAAAAUAGUCAGAAGUUGUAACGGUAGUUCUGAAAGGAUUGCAACUCGGUCUUUAGCUCGAUUAUACGAAUUAUACGCCUACGAUCCUAAUAAUAGACUACGAUAUGAAGUAUACGAAUAAUAAUAAAAAGAACGAACCAAGGAGAGUAUGUGCAACUUCUGGCUAAUCACGAUCGACCUUGCCCUUAGUACGUAGGAAUUAUGUAGAGAAUUGCAUGCGAACGUCGAUAAUUCAAUCUAGUCUUUGAAUUCUAACGUGAUCUUAUUAUUAGCCGAUUUAAUUAUCAAAGUCUGUUCGUUGAUCAGAACGUUGAUGAACGAAACUAAAGCUGCGUAAUGGUGCUAGAGUCGUAGACUGGAUUAUAGAGGAAGACUGAAGUAGAUGCUUUCACGGUGUCACAUUCGUCCUUUGUUUCCCUUUACGCCGUGAUUUAAAUGUACUUGAAUCAGCGAUUAUUAAGACUGCUGUCCUGAUGGCCAAGAGAUUCUCAUGUUACAGAUCGAUACGUCUUGCGAUUAAUUAACGAUUAAAUUGAUCCUCGGUAAAAUUCAAAAAGAAAGAAACGCGUAAAUUUUGCGAAAACCAAUUUUAUAUGUAAUUGGAUGAAUUUCGUGCGAAGAUCAUAGGUGAGAGACGCGACAAGCGUGCUUUUGUCGAUUUUCUAAUUUUCAUGUCAUUUUAUGAUUCUUCAUAUUUAUGUGGAACGGAAGAAUUUUAACGUGCCAUAGUUGAGAAUGAAAGUGACCAGUUAGGUUCAAAGAUGUAAGUUUUUUAAAACGAACUAAUAAGUCGGUAAAGUUUCAUGAAAGAUAUUGAGACAAACGAUAUUUUAAUAUUAUGAUAUAGAAACAUUUUCAAGAGGAUGGAAACCGACUUCUUCUUAAAACUUUUCUCUUGCAAAGAGUAGGAAAUGCUACCUAUCAUCUUGCUCACCUAUAGUCCUCGUACUCGAAGGUGUAAUUCACCGAAUUAAAUUUGUUUAAUUAACUAAACGUAUCGAUAACACUUAUUUACGUAAUACGAAAUGUCUGGUCUCUAGGAAAGGUGCUAUUUUGCAAAGAUAAUUUUACCGUCGCGUCCUUCCAUGUUUAAGCUUCAACUAUAAUUAUAAUUGUCCAGCCGUCUAAUUACGAUCGUUGACGGUAUCAUUGACAAUGAUAUACAUUGUUAUUCUUAUUAUUACAUAUUAUUACACCUGCUAUUAUUACUGUUUAGCAUAACUUUAACGCGGUACUAUUCUUACGGGGUAUUGAAGAUCGCAACGAUACGUUACUAUGUAAUAGCGUGUAUACGGUGUGUUCGUUAAUCGAGGAAAAAGCAGUCCGUGGUAAAUUUUAUCGAAUUUUUCAUAUAGAUAACGAUAAGUGACGCGAAAGUCUUCUGUUGGCGGUCGAUGAUAUAAUAUACGUUCGCUUUAAAUAACUUAGGUAAAAAGAGAAAAAAGCAAAAAACGAAGAAAAAAUGUGACAACAGCGUUGUUUAACUUUUUCUCGCGUGUUAGAUAAAAGAAAAAAAAAUAGCUAAGGAAUCGUACAAGUGUGUGCAUCGAGCACAAAGUGCAGGACUUUCCAACGAAACUACAAUACGCAAGCCAACUUCUUAUGUGUCUCAAGUAUAACUCUUAAGUCGAAAGCUAUAGUAGUUCCAAACGCAAACUAUUAAACGAUUGUCGUCUGUAAUAAGCAAAUUCACCGACGUUCUCCCGAGAGAGAACAUCGGUUUUACUCUGUCCUCACUUGACGCCUAUGGAAAUUAUUAUUAAAAUAUCGCAAAUUUUUUCUCUCUUUAGGAUCGAAGACCGUCCCCGAAAAGAAACGAUUCGAUUUGUCUGUCGUGCAUUUUCUGCGAGAAAAAAAAAAAAAAAAGGCAGAGAAAAGGGGGAGGCGAUAAGGCGAAGCCCAAUAUACAUAUAACAUAAAUGUGUGUCAAUUUUUAAUGUAUCAUAACUACGUUCUAGUCGAUAACGGUUUUUACGGGGGGGAAGAUAACAAGGCACGGGAAGAGGAUCUAUGCUCCUCGAUGCGCAACGUUAUGGCUGCGAUUAGUACGCUACAUUUUUUCUCGUCCGAGACGGCCAUAUUUUGCGUUUCGCAAAAUAAGAAAAGAAUGAAUAAGAAGCGACUGAAUUACGGCGGAGAAAAAUUAUUACGAUCGAUCGAACGAAUAAAGGGAACGAGCGUCCAAUGAUUUCCACUGUCAGAAUUUUAUGUCGUUGAUAAGCUCGAAGGAAAUUAUUUGCACGAACCACUUUUCCAACCAACGAAACACGUAGUUGUAUUUUGAAAGUUGCUUGUAUCGUUGCUUAAAAUAAUUAGCUCCAUUCGUUUGAAUUUCUCAAUGAAGAAUUCGCAUUACGUAGUUUGGAAUUAUCUUAAACGUGCAAAUCAAAGACCGAGAUUACUCGCUCGUUUCUUCGGUCGUUUCUUUAACUACGACUUUAAUUCUCCGACUAUAAUAAGAUAUUUGAAUAAUUUAUACAUGUGACGAAUUAUAAUUGGAAUUUUCAUAUACAAGGAAACAUCGUUAAAUUUGUCGAUCUUUAUUUCGAGUAAAACAACGUUCCUAUCGAUAGAAUAUUAAUUUUAAUUUUUACAAUGUAUUUCUAUUUCUAUAAUGUAUGUUCCAAUUUUCUUCUACACGUUCCAAUUAAUAAGUUUGAUAGUGUAAACGAUACUCGUAGAAUUCGAUCGAUCGUAAGAAGAAUCAUAAACGUCACCUAGAGCUGUACACAUUUUCUCCGCCUACUAUGAUACGUGUGUUACGUGUACAGUAUACAAUACUUUCUUGCUUUUUGAUAUACGUAUAUUACAUUCGAAACGAUACUUUAUAUUUGUGAGACGUUUAUUCCAACAGCGUGCGCGGCGAGUUCGCGAUAUCUUUUAUAAAAGCGUAGUAUGAUUUUACGCGUAAUAAUUAUGACGCAUGUGUGCAACGUGGCUCCCUUGGUCGUACGAAAAGACAAAAAAAGAAAAGACAAAAAGAUUAAAAAAAAAAAAAAAGAAAGAGAGAAAGAGAAAAGGGAACCGAAGAGAUAGAGCUAAGGAAGAUCCGUCGUUUCUUUUAUUUUUCUUUUUUUUUUCGAACUUUCGUGCAUGCACGCGGAUGCGAUGCUCUGCCCUACGCGUGAUAAUAGUAUUUUUGGUACACGGUCGUGCCACGAUAGCAGCUUCCAAUCGGAACGGAUAUCGCGGAACGACGAUUGUUGAUCGUUGGUAUAUCGGUGCGUUGCGUAUUGUAUUUAUAAUGAUAAUUCUAUUUUUGAUAACCGCUCGAUUGAUUAUUCCAUUUUAGAUGUUGAUCGUUCUACGAGGCCGCGUUUAGAAUAAUUUUCAUAGCUUUUAAGAUACGUCGCGGGAACGAGCAACCGAUACGAUCCUUUCCUUUUAUUCGCAUAAGCAUCGUUAUAGAACGACUUGGUCCCAUGGUCCAUGCGAAACGUCUCGGACGUAGAUCAUUUCGAAACGACGAGAGAAGAAGAAGAAGAAGAAGAAAAAAAAAAGAAAAAAAGAAGAAAAGACAAAAGAGAAAUAACUUUGUCACUUUAUCGCUUUGCGAACGGAUUGCCUUUCGCGAAAUGGACGUAGAGCCUCCUCGAGCCGAACGUGUAACGCGAUUCAUUGGCAUUCUGUAUUUGAGUAUACGGCGGUGCAUAAUACGUACGAUAUAGCAAAAAGGUCUUUUUAUUAUUAUACAUCGUAUCGUCCGAACGAUCGAUCUCAGGUGCGUCCGAGAUUUAUUCUAAUUAAUUAACUCUAGCAAGCUCAUUGUUCGUAAAUGUCGUGCCAAUAGCGAAGGGAUAAAAGAGGAAAAGAAGGGAGCGCGUGCCAAAAGAUGAGAACGAACGACGGAAGGAGAAUGUAGCGUUUUAAGAGGAUACGAAAGAAUUGAGAGAGCGGAGGCUGCGAACCAGUCGGAUCUGCUCGAUCGCGUAUCCCGCUUCUCGAGUUGUUCCUUCGUUCGAGCGAUUCGAGCGAUGAUUAAUCAAUUAGUCGGAUAAUUAACUAUAAACGGAAAUGGAACGGGGAUACCGAGCGAGCAUCUCCGUCUUGUACGGAAUUAUACGAACUAGUUGUUACAAUCUUUUAACUGUUGAAUUUUUGCAGUAGAUGGUAAGUGUCUUAACGUAUACCUUAUAUAAACUACACGAUAAUAUAUUCUAUAUUAAUGUUUCUUAGAUUUACGUACGAACGAUCGUCCGCGAGCUUUCGUCGAUCAUCGUCGUCGUCGAGCACUCAGAAGGCAAUAACUUACGAAUUAGUAAUCGAUUAUUGUACAAAAUUUCGAACGAUACAACGCGCACGCGUUGCCGUUGUUCGAAUUCAAAUUUCGAUAUUCCGUCGUCGAUGGUUCCAAGCGCGGUGCAUUCCUUGUGAGAAUCGACGAUUUUCCAUGUAAAGCCAUCGGAUCGAUCGAUUCUGGAUACCUUCGAGGAAUUGACACCUACGUAACGAUAUUGUCAUUACGAUUCGAGAAAUUUCUCAUUGACGUAGAAUCGCGAUAUACGAGAAAAGAGAAAACAUACAUCGACCAUUACGAUUUAUACGUGUAAUAUAAUGUUCGAAAUUUGGGAGAGAAGAGCGAGAGGAAGACGAAAGCGAAACACGAAGGAACGCAGAGACGAAACGUAAAUAAGACGGAGGAGAUCUCCGUGGAUACGAAAUGCAAAUAAAAACGAGACAGGUGUUUAAAUUUGUCGAAGGACGUCCGGAUAAAUAAAAAAGGUCUUAAACAUUAAUACAAUCUAAAUGUGAUAAUAUAUUUGCUAUAUUGAAUUACGACGUAAUUAUUACAUAUUCUAAUUAUUGAUAACGCGCGAAUCGUACGGCAGAAGCGAGCAAUUUUAAGAAAGUCCGUCUAUCCGUGUGAAUUGUAUGGCGUGUGCAGCAGCAAGGUGAUCGACGAGAUCGGAUUUCUUUUUUUACGUAAAUCGAAUACCGUGCCAAGAGCUUCAGCGUCUAUUACCAUCACGAUCGGCUUGGACAAGUACAAAGUAUUCGGAUAACUUAUUUUUUGAUUAUCGAUGAACGACGGAAAAACGAAGAGAAACCGAUCACGCGACGAUGAAAAGAGCAAAAAAAGAAAAAAGAACGAGCGACUAUGCUCCUUUAAAAAUACACACUCCUUUAGAUACAGCUUGUUCGCACGAAUUAUCGACGAACAUCGAAUCCAAUUAGAACGACGAACGAAAUAAGAAAAGAAGAAGUCGAACGAAGUAAAAUAAAACGAGAAGCACGAGGAAGAAAGAGAAGAAUCGUCGCGUCACCUUUGUCUGCGUUUGCGUUCGAUAGUACACACGGCAAAUCUAACGUUCGGAUUUACGAUUUGCUUCACGAAAUAUAAAUUAAAAAAAAAAAAAGACUCUUGCGCUCUACGCAUAUAUAUAUUAUAUAUAUUAUAUAUAAAUGUAUGUGUAUGUGUGUGGGUGUGCCUAAAGAUUUUUUCUUCGAAUCUAUCUAUUUCACUCUGUAUUUACCAUCUCUCUUUGGCCUUCCACUCUCUGUCGCGUUUCCUUGCCAAACGUUCUUUAGUCUCUUCUUUUCUUUUUGGGGAAACCAACAGAGAGUGGACCGGUUUGAUUGAUUCUUAACUGACGAUCUAUUAUCGUUUUUUUCCAAUUAAUGCUCAAUCUUUACAAUAGGCGAUCUUUCUCUUCUGUACGACUAUUCGAUACGAAUAUCAUUUAUUAUUAUUAUUAUUAUUAUUAUAACCGUUUAACCGUAUAAUUAACGUUUCACCGAUCAACAGUAAGAUGGAUAAAAAGCGAAGGAACAAGAAGUCGUCAGUUGAGGAUUAAUCGCGUUGUUUAACAAUUGUCUCUCUGUGUUCCGGUUGUACCUAUAAUAUAUAAUAUAUAUAUAUAUAUCCCAUCGAUCGUUCCUCUUGAUAGAUGCAGUCGCGUUGUAACCACGCGCGUGCACGGUGCAUCUGUUUGCGUAGACGGUCGUAAGCGAUCUCGUGUUCCGGAGUAUACGAAUUAUACGUAAGGAAUAUUCGUCGAUGUUUCCGACGACUCGAAGAACCAGAUAAAAGUAACUUAUUGGGAAAAGAGAUAUUUUUACGCUUUGAUGUUUAAACGGAUGUUUCGUUCGAAUAGAAUGUUUAUAAACACGUGACCAUUUUUACUGUUGUAUCGACAGAUACUCGAUCAGCGUGGAUACGCGAAUCAUUUUCGCGUCAAUUAUCGAGUCGAUAGACCGCAAAGUACGAUCGUCUGUUCCGAUGUGAGAAACAUCUCUCUGGAUGACUAAUCUCGAUGAACAACGACCAAACGAACUAAAGUCGAGACCAUAGAUCGCUUGAGUCAUAUCUUUAGUUCACCAUCUUUCGUUGUGUAUAGCACCCCUGGACGAUACGAUAGUUUUUAUCUGGUUUUAUCUCGUAUACUCGAAGCUACGUCCCCGUUCAUUUGCUAACUUCGUGCGUAUGAGAUUUAACCUUUCUAUCUCGUUCCCAUUUCCACGUUUCAAUCGUCGGUGACAAACCACUUGUUCCGUAGUAACGCCUCUGCGAUAUAUAAAUUGUUUAUUAUUUUUCUUAAACAAUUUCAAGUACAUGUUAUUCUUCUCGAGUAUUUUUCCGCUGUUAAUACAGUUCUUUGAUAAAUGCAUCAGUGUUUCAUAAUCGUAUUACUGCGUUCGUUACGACAGUCCGAUGAUAUAUUUAUGAUCAUCGUGAAUGCAAAAUUUCAAAUUCCAAAGUACUGUUACUUGCUUUAAUACAAACCCAGGUCUGUAUGGUUUAAAAUCUCUAACUCGGUGGAUAUUUCCUAUCGUCAAAGAUCAGCCACAAUUUUUUCUCUUCUCUAUAGGCUCGAGUCUACCGUGUGGUCAACGCAACGCUGCUAAUUUCAGUGCAAUGUUGCUAAUUUCAAUGCUAUCGACAUAUGUCGACUUUCUGCCUUUUUAUAGCUACCUUACUCCUAUAUUCACCUAAUUCUUCCGUAGUCUUUUUUUUCAACAAUUUCGAUACGAUCCUCUCUGUCUUCUACUAAAUUCCUCCAAUAUCUCUUCGCUAAAGAAUUAUCAACCAGCUUUAUCUCCGCAAUCGUAUCGGAUAACAUAGUUUUUCAAUAGUUCGUAUCAUACGUUAACUUUAUCUUUCGUCCCUUUAUCUUUUGUCACUGUUGCUUCCACUAAUGCUCCCUGACGUAAAGUGAACAAAAAUGCUGCUUUAGAGAGGAAACGUGACCAGGCCUAUAUUCGGAAAAUGUGAAAAACGGUAGGCCUAAAUAAAUGGACAACGAAAAAUUGUGAAUUUUAUGUACAGAUAAAUAUUCGUAUUUUAAAUGAGCGAUCACAACGACUUCGAAACGAAUUCUAAAGACGCUAGAAAACACGAGACGCCGAAGCUGUCGAAGCAACAACCCCUUUCGGUGCAUCGCCAACACUUGAACGAUUUCACGCGACACGCUGUUCGAUCGAGAGGCGUCGCGACGCUGAUCCUUAACACCGUCCCAAAGAUCGUCGACUGUUCGUAACUUUAGAUUAAUACAAUUGAAAUGCGGCCGUCGAUGCGCCUCUCGACGUACGUGCGAAGAUUCGAUGAUGUUCCUUGUGGUCGAACGAUCGUGAAAAUCAACGUUUAAUUUAUUCGCUCUUUGUUGGAAGAUUCAGAAAGAUUAAAAAAUUUCGAUGGAAUUUUAUGACAGGAUUACGCAGCCACGCGAGUCGUAGAUUUAUUUCUUAACCUGUUCCGUGCCGCGAAUUAAUUUGAGCGAAACGCGUUUGAUCGUCACGAUGUCUAGUUAAAUCUUCGACGAUGUAAUAAAUCGAUAAUCGAUUCUCAACGAACGAUUUUUCCUAGUUUCUUUAUCGUCAAGAUUUCUCCAGUCUCUGGUACACAUACGAAAAAUAUCUAUAGAUCUUCAACUUUCCGUAAAAUAUAUAACGACAUUGCGUGUAAUGAUAUCCAAGAUUGGGGUUAGGUUUUGUACGUUUCUUAAGCGCUUUCUAAUUCGAGAAAUCUUGCAAUCCUUCACGCUCCGCGACAAUUGACACGAGCCACGUCGUAAGGAUCGUGUUGACCCUUUCGUUAGGGAGAGUCUUCUUUAUAAUUCUAUAAUUAAGUUUACGAAGAUCUUCGCCACAGGGAACAUUUUCCGCAUAACUUAACGACGCGAACGAGAGAGACACGAUGGACGAACGAUGCACGCGGCACGUAUACGGAUCUCGAAGUCCGUGCACGCGCGUUACUCGCGUACUCGCGCCUCCAGACGUACGUAACGAUCAGUCUUAAGGAUACAAUUAACGAGAAAAGUAAACGAAUAAACUUGUCGUCGCCAUUGUGAUUUAAGGUAGAGGAAUUGACCCGUGAUUGGUCGCUCAACGUGCAACACCGAACCGGCGUUCAUGACUAUUUAGAUAAUUUAAGAUAAAUUGGCCAAUUGAUAUCGACAUCCGGUGUAAUUGUCCUUUGGUAAAUUCUGUCGCAUGCAGGAUGCUUUGUGGCGAUAUCGAUAAACAAAAACAAAAGUUCGCACGAAAUAGUUCGUUUGUCUACCUUUCUUAAAAUCGAUGAUCCAUUUCGUAGUCAAAUCAUUUUUACCUACGUUUAUAUAUUUCUGUGUUUUUAUGAUUAAAAUAUAGUAAAAUAGAAAUAUUAUAUACUUGGUGAAAUGGAUCGAAACGAUAAAACGUAAAUGUCCUUUUUACGAUAUCUAAACUGCCGCGAUUUUCAAAUUUUUAUGUCACAAUUUCUCUUUCUUUUCGAGAAGCGAAAACGCUUUUAACAUCCGAAGAACAGCUUUAACACGAUUUCUGUAUAUUUUCCUUCGACUUAAGAGAUCCUUUGCUCGAUAGAAAAGGCGAUCGAAUCCAAUGGAAAAUGUUCCAAAGACUACAACGAAAUUAACAUCUCUGUCUUUCUUCGUUUCUUCUUUAAAAAUUAUUAGAAUCAUCAGAAAUUUCAUUCGUGCGGAUAUUAUCUCAGAAUGGGGCAAAUGGUUUCUUUCUCUUUGACCUAUAGAAAAUUUCUCAGCGAUUUAUUACGCAUUUUCCACCACGAAGCUUCUCGUGCGGUAUGGAUCCAAGUCUCGCCGAUUGAUUCGUAUUUGCGUCGAACUAUUCGUAAUUUUAAUGAUGAACGAUCGCGAUAGAUCUUCGUCUCGUUUUAGACGAAAAUGAAAGAAAAGACAAAACGUCGGUCGGUGGUGCUUCGCAUUCGAGGACUCUCGGGCCAAAACGUUUACCUGUUUGUAUUGCCGGAGUCACUAUUUGGCUUUGGCGCGAUAAAGUCUUAAUAAAGGUUUCAUUAAAAUAUUUA